AUGUCGAGCAGACAGCUCCGGAAGUUGCAGAAGCAGCGCGAGCUCGAGGCGCUCGAGGCGCAAGCGGCAAAAGAGCAGGCCGCACAAGAAGAGAGCAGUGAAGACGAGAUCCCCGUCAUCCGGUCCAAGCCGAGCACCUUCUCUGGGUUUGCGGCUCUUGGAGGAGGCGACGAUGAUAACGACGACGAGGACAACGAGAACGACCUGGAGGAUGACGAGAACGACCUGGAGGAUGACGACGACAAAGGGCAAAUGAACCCGUCUCGAAAGAAAGACGACACAUCAACGGCGGCAGUGCAGGAAACGCCGGCCGCAGGCAAUGAUGAGGACGAUGAGAUUGACCGUGCGCUGCGGGAACUCAAUCUGGCGAACAAGAAUUCAAGGUCAAACACUGCCGACGACGGCAGGAGUCCGGAAUCCAAGGCGUACGAGCGCAUCUGCGAGCUACUCCAGGUCAACACGCACCACCUCAAGGUCAUGAGUGAGAUGCGCAGGAUGUUUGGUCGCGAGGCCAUCGCCACCGUGCACCGAGAGGAGCAGGAAGAGCAGGCUGCCGCUGCCAGGAACAAUCAGCGCCGUGGCGGGACGCACGAAGUUGAUCUCGAGACAUACCUGAAGGGCCAGCGCGGCCAGAGCCUGCCCGAGGUGACGCUCCGACGCAACCCGUUCCUCGAUGGCAAGGAGUCGUGGCCCAAAGCCGCUGUCGACGGUCUGACCAUGGAGGAGGUGCGCGACAGCACUCUGUGCAGAGACGAUGAGACUGUCGAGUUCCGCCUCGUCCACGACCCGGCAUACAACGAGAAGGAGAAGUCGUUCUUCUCUCUCGUGCAAAUGUUUGACCCGAUGCAGCUGGUUCACUUCUUGCACCGUAACCCCUACCACGUCUCUACAUUGAUUCAGGUCACCAAGGUCGCCAAGCAAGACCAAAAUCUGUCACUGGCAGCAGACUUGUGCGAAAGGGCACUCUUCACAUUUGGCCGCGUGUCCAUAUCAUUGUUCAGAAAGAAGAUGCAAGAGGGAAAGGCGCGACUGGACUUCCGGCGACCUGAGAACCGCCAGUUCUGGCUCGCGGGAUACCACUACCUCAGCAGCCUGAUGCACAAGGGCACGCCUCGUACAGCCCUCGAGUGGUCGAAGCUGCUUUAUAGCAUGGACCUGAGCGACCCGUACGGCCUGAUUCACUUCAUUCACAUCUCGGCCCUCAAGUGUCACGAGUCAGCCUGGUUCAUAGAUUUCUGCGACUCCGAGGCGCUCGACGAGUGCGACACCGCCCAGGACUAUAUCAGGCAGAGUCUUGUGCUUGCGAGGCUGCAGCAGGACGACAGGGCGGGCGCGAAGACGCUGCUCAUCGAGGGAAUGGAGAGGCUGCCGUGGCUGUACAGCUCGCUGUUCAAGGCGAUCGGUCUCGACGUGCCCAAGGUCAUCUGGGGUUUCACUCCAAGAGACUCGCACGAGGAGCUCUACGUGGAGCUGUACGUCCAUCAAACCAAGAAGCUCUGGGACAACUCGCAGGCAACCGCGCUGCUCAAGGAGGCAGCCGCCCUUGCAUCCAAGCCAGACGAGACCACGUUUGCGCCACUGCCAGUGGUCGGCAGGAAUCUCGCCCGGUUCAUCUAUCUCGACAACACGCCGGCGCUCAUGGGACUGGUCCCAGACGGGAUGCUGGCGUCUUCGCCGAACUGGGAGUUUGACCCGCUCCCUCCGCUUAUCACGGAGAACAUAUUUUCAUACGAGUCACAAAAGCAGCCGUGGCAACCCACCGGCGGCGAACACGGGGAAUCAAGGGCGGAUACCCGGCGCGUACGUGGAAGACUACGACGACUCGGAGGACGAGGUACCUGCGGGACGGGAUGCGGGCAGGCGCUGAGGCUGCCAGCAAAAUGA